AUGUCUGUGAUUUCUGUAUCCACAGUUUUUCAGGGAGAUUCCAAUACUCCUCGAGCACCGGCACCGUCCUCGCUGAUUCUUGAUGUGUAUCUGCUUCAGUCCGGCGAUCACCCAGGGCUCUGCACGAAUGACAUUGUCAUUACGUGGUUGCUGAAUGGGAUCUCCAAGGAUAUUGUGGCAAGCGUCAUCUAUGCUAGAUUCGUGGCUUUACUUUGGCAAGAUUUGAAGACUCGCUUCUCUCAGAGCAACGCACCUCGCAUCUUUGAGCUGAAGAGGUCUCUCAUGUCUCUGACUCAAGGCUCUCUCUCGGUCUCACAGUAUUUCACAAAGUUGAAGAUACUUUGGAAAGAACUUAACACCUUUAAGCCAUUGGUAUCUUGUUUCUGUGGUGGCAUUAAGCCAAUUCAAGCCUUUCUUGAUCAAGAAUAUGUGAUGUUGUUCCUUAUGAGUCUCAAUGAGAAUUUGGCAAGUGUUCGAAACCAGAUCCUGUUGUUAGAUCUACUACCUCCGAUUGAAAAAGUCUUUUCUCUUGUGUUGCAAAGGAGAAGUAGAGAGCACUCACCUCUCCAAGCCAACAUAUGGCCUUUGCAGUUAAAACAGUCUCCAAGUUCUACCGCUCCUUCUGGACCUAAGGUAAAAGGGAGGAAAGAUCGUCCACUCUCUGCUCAUUGUGGGUUGAUGGGACAUACUGAAGAUAAAUGUUAUCUUCUCCAUGGAUAUCCUUCUGGAUAUUUCCAAAACAAGCCUAUGAAUGCCAAAUCCCAAGUGCAUCAUGUUGCCAAGGUCGCUCAUGAUCAAGAAAGCCAAGAUCAAUCUCCAACAUCUAGCUUCUCACUUACAGCGACUCAGUACAACCAAUUGAUGACUCUCUUGCAAACUCAACAAGCUCUUCAGGACAUUGAACUUGAAAUUUGUGCAAGUGAAGUGUUUUCCUCAUGUUAUUCGAAUCAAAAGGCAUAUGCUAGUUCUUGGAUAGUUGAUUCUAGAGCCACUACUCACAUCACUAAUUCCUUUAAAUUUUUGGAAAAUCCCAAACCUCUUACAAAUCAUUUUGUUGCUUUACCUGAUUAUACCAAAAUUCGUGCCUUAGCUAUUGCCUUCAUCAUACAGGACAGGAGCUCCAAGAAAGUGAUUGGCAGAGGUGAUGAAACUGAUGACCUAUUUCUGCUACAAUCACCAUUCACAGUUUAUAUUGAGAGUUCUGUUUAUAGUUGCUAA